GUUAGAAUUUUCUAUUUAUAGAAUUUUACUAGAUAUAAUUAUUUUUUGACCAAUUUUCAUUUUUCGAAUUAGUUUUUAAUAGAAUUUAUUUUUAAACGAAGAUUUACUUUAAAAAAUUUAGAAAUAACCGAACUUUUAUUUGGCAGAAUUUUUAUACUACAGUAUUAUAUUUUACUUAACAUUUUAGUUAACCGAAUUUCAACAAUAUUGACAACAUUUCCUCAAUAUUAUCAUUAUUUCUGCAAUGUUGCUACAACAUUAGAAUAUUGAGGCAAUGUUGCGAAUAUUGCUGCAAAUUUAGAUGCUGUGUGUGUCAAAAUUUGCGAAUACAAAUAACAGAAAGAUUUCGGCGCGAUUUGUAAAAUUGACCCGGUUGAAAAAACUUGUACAGGAUCGUGUACACGAUCAUGCACCGAUCUUGCACAUGUUCAUUCACCAGGUCAUGUACUAGAGCAGAACGUGAACAUGUAAAAAGAAUUGGAACAACGAUCUUGUACAAGAAUAAGUGCAAGAACUUGCACAUGUUCAUAUUUAUGUCAACUGAUGGAAUCCACUACACGUGUCCGUGCUCGUGUACUCGAACAAGAUCCUGCACGGAAAAACUUUGUGCAAGAAUCAUUCCUAAAUUUGUUCAGGAACUGAGGAUAUGAGAAUAAUUUAAGAAAUCUUAUUUAUAUUUUCUUUGAAAAAUUCUAAGCAGUAUUUCUAUAAGAAUUGUAAAGAAAUUCAAGACAACUUCCUAAACUCACUACAGAAAGUCUUGAACUUGUUUUAGAAUACUUUUUUACGUUUGCGAGAAAAAAAAUUUACUCUGGGAGGACUCGAUCCCACGUCCUCGAGAGUCCAAAAACUGCGCUUUACAUCUCUCAGCUACCUUAGCAGCUUAUGGUAUUAUGCAUUGGAAACAUAUUUGACGCAACCAAUCCCUGCCUAGUGCUUGGUUACUGUACUGUGUCUUCUAAAACAGUUCAAGAAACUUUUAACACCCAGUGACUGAGAUAUUCCGAUCGCGGCAUUAACAAGAAGUCUUCCAAUGUCAUAAUAAAAAUACAAGUAUUUUCUUGAAUGAUUUAUGUAUUUUUCUGUAAUUUUUGCAGAAUUAUUCUCAUAUCCUCAGUUCCUGAACAAAUUUAGGAAUGAUUCUUGAACAAAGUUUUUCCGUGUGUGUAAGAUCAUGUAUAAUAUCUUUAGUUUCAAUUACAGUUUAUAAUCAAAAUCUUUAAUGGCUGCGCAGUGGUUUUCUGUGGCUUAAAUAGCUGCGCAGUUGUUUUUCGCACGUACGAACAAAGAGUCUUUAUGACCAAUGUUAAAAAUUUCCACAAAUUAUGCAAAAAUAAAAAAAUUAACACAAGAUCAUGUACAUGAACUUACGUACGAUCUUAUGCAAGUACACAAGCAUGAACUCGUGAACUUCAUUUCUUUAGUUACUAUGAAUGAACAUAUGCAUGUUCUUGUACAAGAUCGUUGUUCCAAUUCUUUUUACAUGUUCACUUGCUGCUCUUGUAUAUGACCUGGUGAAUGAACAAGUGCAAGAUCGAUGCACGAUAAUGCACAAGAUCGUGUACACGAUCCUGUACAAGUUUUUUUAACCGGGGACCAAUCAGAAAUUAUCAAGAAAAUCGUAAUUGGUAAAUUUUAAAAACAGCGCCAAAAUUUUUGUCGAUUAUUUGUUUGACCAGUUGCGAUUUCAGAUAAAUGAAAAUCGGUGUUUUAAGGCAUACUUGCGAUUGAAAAAAAAAUUUUUCGAUUUUUUUUACAUUUUUUUAAUCCUUAUAAUGUCAAAAAUACGAGUGUAAAAUAUUAUGAAGAAGUUCGGAUUUUUAAAAAAGUUAUAUACAAACAUAUAUCUGCAUGUACGCAAAAACUAUAGCAAAAACGAUGUGAACAUAAACUUUAAACUCGUUUUUCUGGAAACAGUUUUUUUUAAACUGGUACCCCCUGUAACAAAAAAUCUAAACGAGAUUUUGAGAAUUUCUUUUUUGCAUGUUGUUAAAAAACAUAUUCUUCAGGGGACUAAUUAUCAAAAUUUUAAAAAUUAAAUUUUUUUCAAUUUUUUUAUAGUCAAAGACUGUAAAAAACAGUGAUUUUUUAAAUUUUGAUUUUAAAAGGACGCCAUUUUGUUUUUUUAGAUUUUUUUAAUUCCAUGAUAUUAGUCCACUGGGUAUUCAUGUAUACCAAAAAAAAUUUUGGUAUUUUGAUAUCGAACUGUAAGGAGCGGCUCUACAGGGGGUACAGCAAAAUCUUACAAAUUUUAGACCUCUACUUUGGCGCCCUCUACAAAUCGUAAUUAACAAUGAAAAAACCAAACAAUUAUUGCUUUUUGUAGUUUUAAUAAUGUUUUUUUUGGAAUAAAAAAAGUUUUUAAAUUUAUUUUUAAAUUUAGCAUUUAAAAAUUUGAAACACUCCCAAUUCUUAAUAAUUAUUAAUUCUUUAACGUCUAACAAAUUGAUUAAAUAAUACUCAUUAUUGCAUUCUCUGUUCUUAUAUUUUUGAUUUUGUCUCUUUUUGUUUUUACUUAACGAAUAUUGUAAGGUAGAUAUAGUGUUUGGCGGUCAGUAAAAAUCGUGCCUUUAUAAGCUUGUCAGCUUCUAAAUUAUGCAAAUUUUAUUAAUUAUUUAUUAUAAUAUUCAAGCAAGUUUUAUAUUACUCUUUAUUGUUUUUUAGAAUUUGUGUUUUUGGAUUAAGUUCCGAUUAGCCCAAACCUCCAAUCUUUUUGAAACUGUGUAUAUCCAGGUAUUUUGGUGCGCUAAUUACGAAAAUCAUAGUGAAAAUUGGCGCAAAUGUGAUUAUCAUGGUAAAAACCAUAAAAAAACACCAUAAGAUUAUGGUUUUUUGCAAUUAACUCGUAAAAAAUGUAAAAAUUCAAAAAAAAUUCUAGACAAAAGUUGUAGGUCUCAAAAGAACACACAUUUUAUGUCCUAUACAUUUUUCACCUAAACUGAUUAGUUUUUAAAAAAAGUUCAAAAAACUUCAAAUAUCAUUGACAAAAAAAGUUACGCGGCCUACGGCAGCUUUGCGUUUAUACUCGCGUAUAGCCUUUUUAAAAUUCGAUUAAAUGAGAAUUCUUUUUAAUAAAAAGUUGUGUAAAUAGAAAUUCAGUAAAAUAAAAAUUUUAACACAAAUAAAUUUGGUACCUUAAAAUACUGUAAUGUAAAAAUUUGUUUUAAUGUAAAUUUUGUCAAAUGCUAAUUUCGAAAAUGAAUAGAGUAGAGUGAGGCGUGGUGACGAGUUUGAUAUUCGGAAGUCUGUAGCGAUCACAAAAAUAAAUAAAUUUUAAUGAACAACCUCUCAUUUGAAAGCUUGCGAAUAUUAACGAUUCCUUGACGAAGUUUUUCGGAAACUCAGAAACUUUCACUACUUUACGCGAAAUUAUUUUAGAAUAACUGUAAGGAGUUUUGUAAUUUCUGAAAUAGGCUUGGAUGUAGAAAUGUUUCGUACUUUCUGAAAAAUAUUAAAUUGUACCGCCGCACACCAAAACCAUAGUGGCGCUACUGUCACUUACCUUGUUCCGCUGCAAUCCAAAAGGUCUCUCAGUGUAUAAAUGAUUCUAUUUUAACUCCUUUAUUUAAACUCCUCUCCGUAUUCGCUGUUCCGAAACUAGUUUUGUAAAAUAUACUGAAAUAAUUUUUUCCGUGUGUUUAAUUUUAAGUGUAAAUAGUUGAUUGUUUCUUAUAGCAUUGACAAAACUAGACAAAAAUAAUUAUAUAUAAUAUAAUUUUUUAAAAUGAAAAUUGUAACUAUAAUGAUUUUUAUGGGAUAAUCUUGCGCCUCCUAAAAAUUCGAAAAAUAUUUUAAGCAUGAUUAGUUAAUCAUCUAAUAAUAAUAUAAAUAACAACACUCUGAAGUUACAGUGUAUUAAUUUUAAUUUUUUUAAAAUAAAAAAUACAUUUCCUGUUAAUGUUUUUAGGUUCAUUGUAAAGGUGAUUUUUGACAGAAGGAGAAUUAAAUGUAAGGAUUAACGUCUAAUUUUUUUAUACCAAAAAAAUUUGAAAACUUUUAAAUCAUUUUUUAAUAGAAAAAUAAUUUUUAAUUUCAAAGAAAUUUAUUAUCUCCAAUUUCCUAGAAAAGUCGAAAUAACAUCAAGCCUUAUUUGUUUUAUAAGACCCUUUUUUAUAAAUAGUAUAUUACAUUAUAAGGGCAGAAAGUUCGAAUUCCGGCACUGCGCUAAAUGAUGCCCGAGGCGAAGCCGAGGGUAUCAUCGCGCAGUUUAGGGCUUUCGACUGUUUUGCCCAUGUAAUGUAUACUAUUUUUCUUUAUAUACGGUGGAAAGUACGCACAAUAAUUCACUAUUUAAAAAUAUUUCAAUUGCGUAUUCCAUUUGACAGCCGGCCAUCUUUUAAUUUUGCUCCUCGCUUCAACGCUACUAACGGACACUCUGGAAGCUCUGACUUUUUCUCUGUCUCUCUCUUUCAAUCAAGUCUCUUUUUUCGAUGCCUGCCUCGACAUUUGCUGCACGAGCGAAGCGAGUGCUGCUGGUCGGGGGCAGGCAUUGAAAAAAGCAAAGAAAAUACAACUCACACAGCACAUGAUAUUUCCUAAAUAUUUCUAAAAUAUUUCAUUGAAAUUUUGAAAUACUCCAAUGCGAAGUCCUUGAAAUAUUUCUUAUAGGCGGACAUUUUCCUGUUUUCAUUAACAUUUCAUGAACCUUGCAUUGAAAUAUUAAAAAUCUUUCAAUGAAGUAUUCAUGAAAUGUUUAGGAAAUAUAAUGUGCUGUGUGGGAAAUAUAACUACAAUUUUUGCAACUAAAUAUAUAUUCAAUUCCAUAUUCAAAUUUUCCAGGAUAUUUUAUUUACUUUUAUAUGCACUGACACAUACAAACGACUGUAAGAGAGAGGGAAUUAGAGAAUAAAAGAGAGAGAGAGAGAAAAAAAGAGAGAGCGCGCGCUAGAAAAAAUCAGCUGACAGCAGUUGAACUCGGUUCUGUUGGGUUAAAAUCACGAUGAGUUACCGACCGAGCCAUUUACAAGAAAUGCCAUUGCAUCAAGAACAUUUGUGCAUUGCUACAGCAAUGCACAAAUUUUUGACUUUCUGCUGGGAAGUCGAUGCAGGAAAUACGUGCUUUCGACCGAGGUAUGAAGAAAAAUAAUUAAAAAUUUUUCGGUACAGCUUUGACGGUUUGCAUUAAAAAAAAUUUACUCGUUAAUUCUUACAUGUAAUUCUCAUUUUGUAAAAAGUCAAUUUAAUAAAUAAGCCGUAAGAACAUUAAAAAACGUUUGUUGCUUAUUUAUUUGCAUGUAAGUGAAUUUAAUUCAUUUUGAGUUCAGGUUUAUAUUAAUGACGUUUCACAGCUUGUUUGAUAGAGCAUAUGAUCUAAAAGGUGCUCCUAACAGACGUCUUGCGUUCAAAUCCUUAUGAAGGUUUUCAAAACGACAAGUUUUCUUUUAUAGAUAUGAAUAUAAACUAUACAAAGUAUAAAAAAAACUCUAGGCAGUAUAUAUAUAUAUAUAUAUAUUUUAGUUUUUUGUAAGUAAUUUUGUACGUCGUGACAUUUUGCUGAACCAGGUACUUAACGAUUCUUAAUCAAUUUACUAUCCUGUUAUAAAUUAAUUUAUAACAUUUCUUUAAUUGAUGUUACUGCGUUUACCAUGAACUAAAGUAAAAAACAUAACAUUUUUAAUAAAAAAAAAAUAUUAACAUAUUAGUAACCUGUUUAUAAAAUGUUACCAAUUGUUUCGUAUCUAUUGUAUAACUGAUCUAAACUAGAGUUUGAUAAAUAAGAUAUCAUUGAUUGUUGCAUCUUAAGCUUUUGUAACAUUUGAUUAAACAUAAAGUGAAGUCAGGUAAUGAUUGUAAUUUUAUAUGCUAAAUAUAAAUAUAAAUUAUAAUAUAAAAUUAUAGAAAUAUUCAUUACUUGAGUAUAAUUAAACUGGUUUUUAUAAACUUGAUGAUUCGUAAUUGAUUUAAUGAAUAUCUAUCAAAGAUUCGGUGUCAAAAGUUAGAAAAAAUAAAUUCGAUUCAAGUUGUCAAGGAUUUCAGUGUGAGCUUGUAUAACAUAAAUGCUAUUGUCCCCUUACGAUAAAGUUCUUUUAUCUGUUCCUCUUCAUCUCUUCAUUCAUUCUGUUUGAUAACAUCUCUCUCCUUCUUCCUCACACCCUUGUUUAUUACAUUAAGUAUGUACAUUCAAACGCAUCCCCACUUAGUUUUAGAUGAGCGCGUACGAACGACGGCGCGUUUUGUAUGAACGUAUUACAUCUCGUGAACCGCCACAGCUGGAGGCCAGAGGUGGAAUCAGUCGUCGGUUCUCCACGUUCUCGAAGCGACGUUUUCUCAGUUCGCUCCCUUUAAUCGGUUAUUUUCAAGGCCUUUGACCCAUUUCUGUUCCAAUCGUUGCUUACUUUUACCAUUCAUCAGUGUCUCGAUUUACAACGGGUUGUCUUCUACUACUCUUCGCUUCUUUUUAAACAUGAUAAUUUCAUUAGACUGCUGUAGAUUCCUUUAUCUACAUAUACUAUCUUCUUUAUUAAUUCUUGCAAAAUACAAGUCACAAUAUAUUGUUUAAUAUUAAUUCUAGGGAAACUUCUUUUAUUAUAUGCUAAUUGAUUCAAUCAAUUUUUUGUUAUGUUAGUCCAUUUACUGAGGUAAAUUUUUAUGAGUUCUUCAAUUUGCAUUGACACUGAUGAAUAUCGGAUGAUACCAAUAAAGUUGAGUAAAAAUUAUAAUUAAAAAAAAUUAUCAGUAAAAAUAACAGAAAAUGAAACAAAUGAAUAAAAAGGGACAUGUUAUGAAGACUAUUGACAGUGAAAUAAGUGUAACAAAGAAAAUAUUCUUUUAGUGAAGAUAACAUUCUUUCUUCUCAUAUGUUAUGACUUUGUGGGUGAUUUAAAAAAUUCAUUAGUUUAUACUUUCGAAAUGAAGUUAUUUUUAGUUCUUUCAUUGUUUUCUUUAGUGUUGACAUUAACUUACAGUAGAAUUCUUCAGAAUGACCCUGAUUAUUUAAAAAAUUCUCAUCACCGACAGAAAUUUACAAUCGAACAGUUGCUUAACACAAAAUUUCCGAAAUUGAUAUCAAAUGACAUAGACAUCGAUAUCUGCAAGUCGAAUGGCUUUUUGGGAGAUAUAGCACUUCCAAACACAAAAUAUGAAACGGAGUGGCGUCAACAAUAUCUCAAUAAGGGCUAUGUCGCUGAGUUGGAAAAGUAUAGGAAUGAAAUGUUAAAUGAAGGCCUACAAAUUGAAGAAGAGGGUUUGAUAAAAAUGGUGCAAUUAAAAAAUGGAAAUAAUUCUAAUAAUGAGAAAAAUGAAGAAAAAGCAGUUGUAUUUCCCAUGGAAAAAUUAGAACCAAUAAUAACAGAUCAACUUCAAUACGAUAUUAACGAUAGUAUACUGACACCAAGCAGUGAAUUCAAUUAUCCCGAGAUAAAAGAUGACGGAAUUGAAAUUAGAUUAGAAGAUGCGGUUGUGUCGUCUAAAAAAAAGCAUUCAAAAGAUGAUAAGAAGUUUAAAUUAACUACCAAAGACAUACGGAUUGAAGACUUUACUAGAGAUAAGAAAGAAGACAACUUGGUUACUACUAAUAUAGGAACCUCAAUUAUAGAAAAUUAUACUGAGAAUUCUAAUUCUUAUUUUGCAAGACACGAAACAAGUGUACCUAGUUCAUUAAAGCAAAACACUCAGAGCAAAAAACGCCGAAAACGACACCAUCGAAAAAGAAUCCAAAGAUACAAAAGAGAACGUCUGUUACGACCGAAAUUUGAUAAAAUGGUACAUCGGUCAAUUUUUACUACGAAUUCUGCAGAAUCUUCAAAUGAAGCAGUUUCUCUUCACGACAGGCGUUUACGAUCAGUUGAAUUCCAGAAACAACAGAAACCAAAAUUUUUGGAGAGCACACAAGAUGCAAAGUAUUAUAUUCAAUUCUCCAGAAGUAGAAGAGCAGCUACUGCUCGAAAAGAACGAGUUUGGGACCACGGAGUUAUCCCCUAUGAAAUUGAUGGAAAUUUCUCUGGAGCCCACAAAGCUCUAUUUAAACAAGCCAUGAGACAUUGGGAGAACUUCACUUGUGUAAAAUUUGUCGAAAGGAUUCCAAGAGAACAUCCUAACUACAUAGUUUUUACAGAAAGAUCUUGUGGAUGCUGUUCAUUUGUCGGUAAAAGAGGAAAUGGACCACAAGCAAUCAGUAUUGGAAAAAAUUGUGAUAAGUUUGGAAUAGUCGUUCAUGAACUGGGUCAUGUGGUUGGCUUUUGGCAUGAACAUACAAGGCCCGACAGAGACCGUCACGUACAGAUAAUUAGAGACAAUAUUAUGAGCGGUCAGGAGUACAACUUUAAUAAAUUAACCGAAGAGGAAGUAAAUUCACUUGGAUUACCGUACGAUUAUGACUCUAUAAUGCAUUAUGCUAAGAACACUUUUUCUAAAGGAACUUAUUUGGACACAAUUUUACCUAUGGAAAUGUACGGUAAAAAGAGACCAGAAAUUGGACAAAGAAUUCGUCUCAGCGAGGGAGAUAUUGCUCAAACCAAUCUUUUGUAUAAGUGUUACAAAUGUGGGAAAACGUUUCAAGAAAACAGCGGAAGUUUCGGUUCUCCAAAUCAUCCAAACAGUUCUCCAAUCCUGGAUGGAGAACGUUGCGAAUGGCGAAUAACAGCAACACACGGAGAACGCAUUGUUUUAAAUAUUUCUUCACUAGACAUUUUUAAAAGUGAUUACUGCCGUUCGGAUUAUUUAGAAAUACGAGAUGGUUAUUGGCAUAAGAGUCCGGUAUUAGGACGGUUUUGUGGAACUGGGAACAUUCAUGAAUCUAUCAUUUCAACUGGAAGUAGAAUGUUGGUAACAUACAUUACAUCAAAUCGACAGAGUGGUCAUAGAGGAUUCACUGCAAACUAUGAGGCAGUAUGUGGAGGUGAUGUUGACUUAGAAGGCGUAGGUCAUUUGGAAUCACCAAACUAUCCUGAAGAAUACCAAUCAAGUAAAGAAUGUAUAUGGAGAUUAUCAGUUCCUCAAGACUAUCAAGUAGCUUUAAAGUUUCAAUCCUUUGAAAUAGAAAAUCACGACAAUUGUGUUUACGACUUUGUUGAGAUUCGUGAUGGACAUGACGCAGAUUCUCCUCUUAUUGGUGUUUAUUGUGGUUAUAAAAUACCACCAGAUAUUCGCUCAACUGGAAGUAAGCUGCUGGUUAAGUUUAUCAGCGACAGCUCUGUACAAAAAGCUGGAUUUUCAGCAAUAUUUAUGAAAGAGUUUGAUGAAUGUGCACUUACUGAACAUGGUUGUGAACAUGAUUGUAUUAAUACAUUAGGAGGAUAUGAAUGCUCAUGUAAAGUUGGAUUUGAACUUCACUCAGAUGGCAAACAUUGCGAAGAUGCUUGCGGAGGUAUAUUUGAUUUUAAGAAUGGCACUAUAACCAGUCCCUCUUUUCCGGAAUCAUAUCCUGGUAAUAAACAUUGCAUUUGGGAAAUUAUUGCGCCACCACAGUACAAAAUAACAUUAAAUUUUACACAUUUUGACUUGGAGGGUAAUAACGUGUAUCAACAAGAAUGUGAAUAUGAUUGGGUUGAGAUAUCCAGCAAACUCGGAGAUGACAUUUUAAUAAAACAUGGUACAUACUGUGGAACUAGAUUACCACCAUUAUUGACAUCAGAAGGCAACACAUUUAAAGUUGUCUUUGCUUCUGAUAACAGUUUACAAAAGUCUGGAUUUGCUGCUACAUUUUCUACAGAUAUGGAUGAAUGUGCUAAUAACAAUGGGGGAUGUCAACAUGAAUGUAAAAAUACUAUAGGUUCUUAUCAAUGUUCUUGCCAUAAUGGUUUUACUCUCCAUGACAAUGGUCAUGACUGUAAAGAAGGCGGAUGCAAAUAUGAAAUAACUGCUUCUGCAGGCACCAUAACAUCACCAAAUUAUCCUGAUUAUUAUCCUGGUCGUAAAGAUUGCGUAUGGCAUUUUACAACGACUCCUGGCCAUCGAAUUAAACUGAUUUUCAAAGUGUUUGAAAUGGAACCUCACCAGGAGUGUGCAUAUGACCAUGUUGUUAUUUAUGAUGGUGAUUCUCCAGACAGUCAUAUAUUAGGUCGUUUCUGUGGUAAUAAAGAGCCUUAUCCUAUUUUGGCUACUGGAAAUCAAAUGUAUAUGAUAUUUAAAAGUGACUCUUCAGUUCAAAGAAAAGGUUUCUUGGCUACACAUAUGACUGCCUGUGGAGGUCAUUUAGUUGCAACAGAGCAAGUAAAUUACUUAUAUUCCCAUGCUAAAUAUGGCACGCAUAAUUAUGAUCCUAAAACUGAUUGUGAUUGGAUUAUUGAAGCCCCAAAUGGCAAAAAUGUUCACCUUGCAUUCAUAUCUUUCAAUUUAGAAGAUGAACUAGAAUGCAGUUAUGAUUUUGUUGAAAUUCAUUCAGGUUUAGAUUCUUCAAGUCCAAGUUUUGGUCGUUUAUGCGGCAACACAAAUACAUCUGACAUUAUCUCAAUGAACGAAGCAUUGUUAAUACGAUUCAGAACAGAUGAUACUGUAGCAAACAAAGGUUUUGCAGCAACUUUUAUAGCGAUUGAUAGACAAGAUAGUGAAGAAAUUCUUGGUGGAAAAGAAGAUGAGGAAAUCCAAAAUCUCUAACCUUAAUAGAUAAAUUGUACUGUUACCUUAAGUUCCCAAUUAAAGGAAGAGAUUCAAAUUGUAAUUGUAUAAAUUUUUAUCUACUUCACAAAAUGCUUAAACAGUGGGUCGAAAAGAAAAGUGUAAUGAAACAUAAAGAAUAAUUUUUUAUUAUUGUCUAUACAUAAAAACAAAAAGUAUUAACAUUACAACUAAUCUCUGACUUGUAAAAAAUAUAUAAAUGACUUGUAUAAAACUCAUGCCAUUACUUAAAAUUACGAUUGUAGAUGAUAUACGAUAUACGAUAUAAUGAUAUACUCAUAUAUUACGUACAAAUUAUUAUGCAAGUUGAAACAAGAUCUUGAACAUUUUUCUGUACUAGAUCUGUAGCUGAACUCCUAUCAGUUCUCAUCAGUUCCUGUACAGGAAAUUGAAAACAUUCAGCAUAACACAUUGGAACAAGUUUCAUCACUUCUUAAACGAAUUAUUAUCAAAAAUCAAAACAACCAAGAUUUUCUUUCAGGAUUGUAUUAUAGAACAAAAAAACGAUAUUUCGAGCAAAAAUAAAAAUAACCCAUCAGUCCCUUCUUAAAAAAUUUGAUUUUUUCUUUAAAAUCGGGUAAUUUAUCACUUUAAAAUAUAUUCAUGCAAAUAAUUAUCAGAAAAAUGAAUAUAGGAAUGUAUAUAUGAGGUAAAAAUCCUGUAGCUGCAUUUGACCCUUUUUUGAAAAUAAAAAAUAAUUUUUGACUUUUUUUCAAAAUCGAUUACUUUUUUUCUUUUUCAAAAAAAGAAAAAAUUGCAGAUUUUUUAAGAGUUUUAAUUUAAGAAUUUUUUUUUUUAUUUGAUACAAGAGCGUAAAUUUCUCACAAAUGUAACCAAUAUUGGAUUAUGUGGAAUGUUUACUAAUCUUUUACGGAUUUCAAAUCUCUAAACCUUAAAAUCGUAGUUGCUCCCUUUUUCAAUAUUUUUAUAAUUUACAUUUCCCACUAUGAAAAAAAAUCGUUUUACUUAAAUGUAAAUAUCUUUGGUUCCAGUGGACGGAUUUUAAUUUUCUUUUUUUUAAAUUAAAGGUAAUUAAUUUUCCAAACAACUAUCUAUAGAAUAUUUUUCAAUACUGUACCGUUUUCUUAAAAUAAAUUAUUAAAAUAGA